UGCCUUCUCAAAGGCCCCACACUCCUCCACUUCCUGAGGAGGCAGCAGCACGGAGCAGAGACUCCGGCUGUCUUCUGGGUCCCAGCCAUGGCUGCCACAGCCUCGGCCACCUGGCGCCACCCUGGGGGACGGGACAAGGUGAUGUGGAAGGUGCUCGUCGUCACGGCUCUGCUGCAGACGCAGCUCCCAGGAACAGAUGCACAGAGCUUCGGCCUCCUGGACCCCAAACUGUGCUACCUGCUGGACGGAGUCCUCUUCAUCUAUGGCGUCAUUGUCACUGCCCUGUUCCUGAGAGCAAAGUUCGGCAGGAGCCCGGCCGCCCCCGCGAGCCAGCAGGGCGCCAACCAGCUCUACAACGAGCUCAACCUGGGAGGAAGGCAGGAGUAUGAAGUUUUGGAUAAGAGACGAGGCCUGGACCCCGAGAUGGGCGGACAGCAGAGAAGGAGGAACCCUCCGGAAGUCGUGUACAAUGCACUGCAGAAAGACAAGAUGGCGGAGGCCUACAGUGAGAUUGGGGUAAAAGGCGACAACCAGCGGCGGAGAGGGAAGGGGCAUGACGCCCUCUACCAGGGGCUCAGCACGGCCACCAAGGACACCUACGACGCUCUCCACAUGCAGGCCCUGCCUCCUCGCUAACAGCACCCGGCAAGUCGCCCGUCACAGGCCACACCCGAAGGCACCCAGCUUGGGAAAGACACAGGAUAAAGCGUUUGUACCCGGUUCGCUCGAAUUCCUUCCCCACCACGGCGUUCCUCUUUACGAAUAGGAUGCUUCGCGUUGUAACGUUUGCCGCGUGCAGUUUGCGCCCGUCUCCCGCAGAGCGCGUGGGCCCUGGCCCCCCGGGGUGCGCGUCCGCAGGGCUGCGGCCGGCCGUGAGGAGCCCGUGGUGAACCCGCAGGUUCCCCGCCUCGGGCUUCCUGGCGGCCGUGGCCCCGGAGGCUCUGGGCCCCCGCCUGGGAGACGGUGCACACCCCUCAGCCCUGCUCAGUCCGUGUUUCGUCAAGUCCCUGGGGCGCCCCGAGGUCAGCGCGCCCUGAUGGGCUCUGUCGUCCUGCUGCCGCGGGGCGGCUUUGCUCCCGCUGUAGACCCGGCCUCUGUUGGCAACUCCUGCCUUCAGGUCAAGGCCACUUGUAACCGGGGGGAAGGGGCUGUUGUGCGUCCCCGUGGAAGGUCUGGGCAGAGGGGGCCGUG